AUGUUCUGCAAUUUCUUGCCCAGCAAGAUUUACUCUUCAAUUGGCGUCGCAGAAAGUGUUUCUUCUGUACCAGAUCUCUCACUACUGGAAUUAAAAUGUUUAUCUACGAAACACGUUUUCAUUGCCAAUCACUCCAGAGCAUUCACCCUUGCCAGAUCCUCACAUCAACAUCAUGUCAGCCCAAACAUUUGUCGAGAAUCAUAUACUUAUGGAUGUCGAAACACAGUCCUCACUAUCUACCAGAGGCCACAAAAUCCUCUCCAGAGAAGAAUGGUUAAAAUUCAAGCCGAUCAUACAGCAAUAUAUAUAGACGAGAACCAGACGUACCCUACUGUUGCUCGUGAACUCGCGAGAAGGUUCGACUUUUAUCCUACAAGAUGUCAAUUCACACGGAAGACCGAGGAGUGGGGUUUGAAGAAGAAUUUCAGGAAGGCGAAAAGGAAGCUCCUUCUUCAAAAUGACAAUAAAAGCGACAUUGUAGAGUUUGUUAUUGGAGACAGACAUGUUUCGGGCCCCAGAAGAAUCCAAAGGCCGAAGAGAAGAUAUGCAUAUGAAAGCUCAUUGUCUCAAGAUCUCUCGUAUCGAGACACCAAUAUCCCGCCAAAAUCUGUUGGGCCAAAUUGCUCACUCGAAGAGCGACUCCCCAUAUUAAAUCAUGUGGGUGAAAUUGCUUCAGCUCAUGUGGAAUCGACAAUCUCAAACGUUAGCGAGGAGAAUGACGCUAUGGAUCUAGAACAAUGGCCCCUCAGUUGGGAUAUUGAUGUCCCUGAAUCUCCUGGAUUGACUCGACUGCUUAGAAUAUUGGAGAUUGAAGCUUCUAUGCCGCCGCUAAAUAUUGAUGAAGUUGUGGGUAAGCAAGAGAUUAUUUCCGGGAAUGAACUUCGGAAUAACGUAGAGUACCACGGAAAAACAAGUAGCCAACUAUCUACCCUCUGUAGUCGCGCCAGAUACGAUUACAUCCCCACUACUAUGGUGAGACCUCUUCCUGUCUCAGAAAAAAGAAUCCCGUGGAGUCCGUUGUUCGAGCUUGAUAUUUUCCCAACUCCUCGAAACACAAGUGGUGCUUGUCGUGGGAUAGUGACUCGAUCUGUGUCCGUCCCAUUAUUGGACACGUGGAGCAGUCCAAGAAUCGCAACUGGGCUCUGA